ACCCGGCCUGCCAAAUGCUCCUCUUCGGGUGCCUCUGGCUGACAUUCGCCCUGGUCAGCCCCAGGCAGGGAGCUCGAGCCGAAUCCAACCUGAGCGGCAAGUUCCAGUUCGCCAGCGCCAAGGAGCACAACGGAGUGCAAGAACCUCAGCAUGAGAAGAUUAUUACAGUAUCCACUAAUGGAAGUAUUCACAGCCCUAAGUUCCCAUACACUUAUCCCCGCAACACAGUACUGGUGUGGAGAUUAGUAGCAAAUGAAGAGAAUGUGUUGAUACAACUCACUUUUGAUGAAAGGUUUGGGCUUGAAGACCCAGAAGAUGAUAUUUGCAAGUAUGACUUUGUAGAAGUUGAAGAACCUAGUGAUGGCAGUAUUUUAGGGCGGUGGUGUGGUUCCACUGCCGUUCCAGGCAAACAGAUUUCCAAAGGGAACCAAAUCAGAAUAAGAUUUGUUUCUGAUGAAUAUUUUCCUUCUGAACCUGGAUUCUGUAUUCAUUAUACUCUUCUCACACCACAUCAGACAGAAUCCGCCAGCCCAACGGUGUUACCACCCUCCGCUUUCCCUUUAGACUUGCUAAACAAUGCUGUCGCUGGAUUUAGUACUGUGGAAGAACUUAUCCGGUACCUUGAACCAGACAGAUGGCAGUUAGAUUUGGAAGACUUGUAUAAACCAGCCUGGCAGCUCCUUGGAAAAGCAUACAUUCAUGGAAGAAAAUCUAGAGUGGUCGAUCUGAACCUUCUGAAGGAGGAAGUGCGACUGUAUAGCUGUACUCCGCGUAACAUUUCGGUGUCGCUACGGGAAGAGCUGAAGCGAACAGACACCAUCUUUUGGCCACUUUGUCUGCUGGUUAAACGUUGUGGUGGAAAUUGUGCCUGCUGUCAGCAUUCUUGUAGUGAGUGCCAGUGUGUGCCCACCAAGGUCACCAAAAAAUACCAUGAGGUCCUACAGCUGAAGCCCAGGAGCGGUGUAAGAGGACUACAUAAAUCUCUGACAGAUGUACCUUUGGAACAUCACGAGGAAUGUGAAUGUGUUUGUAAAGGAAAUACAGAAGGAUAAAAGAAGCUAGAUUUGCUUGUUUCUUUUACAGAGCAUUCAAACAGUGGCUGAUUCUGUUCUGGGGCUUGUGCAUUAAUUCCCUUCUAUAAUCUCAGUUGUUUUCUUGGAAAAUCGUCAUGACUGACAGCUCUGGGAGAAAAAAGGACACAAUCAAACUGGGGUUAUAUAUGUAAUGUAAAAGC